CAGACCAGGGGAGGAGCGGGUUUUUGAGCCACACAGCUCAGGCUAGCGAUCUAUGACCGGGCACAUUCCUGACAACAAGAGGUUAGCUAGAAAUGCAAACAAGUGCCGCGUUUUGUCGUGUAUCGUGUUAGGGCCGGUUUGGGGGAACUGGUUUAUGUCGGGCCGUCUCCGCUAACUUCCAGAUCAACACUAGUGUUAUUCCGUGUUGGAAACUGGUUUGAAUGGAUAGCUUUUUCCUCCGCUCUUCCCCAGACGAGGGACAAUCGGAGGAGCACACGGACUGGGGAUAUCGCAGACAAAGUUGUUGAAUGUGUGUAUAGCAAAUGAACCUUUGUUUUCAUUGUUGUUGUACUUAUAUCACCAGUCGGCUGCCUAGUGUCAGGGAGCUUACCGCUACAUAUAAACAGGCUAUUUGUUCCUCAAGGUGCAGGUCGUGCUGUGCGUUGUCUUCUUGCCCCACAUUUCCCGGGGUAAAGCCGGAUUGAUUUAGCUCAUUUCAGCGGGCCUCCCUCCUCGGAGCCCCGGACCAUCCAUCCCACCCCCCACCCGCCGUCAACCAGCGACUCGCACCCACCAAAGGCGCCGAGAUUGGGCGAAUAGCGAGCAAAUACGUCCGCGUUUCUCUACCCGCUCCCCCGCCGACCUCCCCUCCUCACUCCCCGGCGCUGACAGCGGACAAGGCCGAGGUCGCGACAGAGCAGGCCCGGCCGCCGAGGCUCGACCUGUCCACCCCACCUCCGCAUCCUACCACACCUCACCAGCAGCCCAGAGCCCGGUUCCCCGCCGAGCCGACCCUGGACAAGGUCGAGGGUACCAGAGAUAGCAGGGAGCUCCGGAUCACAACAACAACAGCUGCCAACAUGAACCACCACCAUCACCACACGCAGCAGCAGCAGCAGCAGCAGCAGAAAGCCGGCGAGCAGCAGCUCAGCGAGCCAGAGGACAUGGAGAUGGAAGCCGGGGAUACAGAUGACCCUCCAAGAAUCCCAGCCAACCCAGUGAUCAAUGGUAACGUGGCCAUGGCAGAUGGACACAACAACACAGAGGAGGACAUGGAGGAUGACACCAGUUGGCGGUCAGAGGCGACUUUCCGCUUUGUGGUAGAACGCUUCAGCCGCCUGAGCGAGUCCGUGCUCAGCCCGUCCUGCUUUGUCCGGAACCUUCCAUGGAAGAUAAUGGUGAUGCCGCGCUUCUAUCCCGACCGGCCACACCAGAAGAGCGUGGGCUUCUUCCUGCAGUGUAACGCAGAAUCAGACUCCACGUCAUGGUCAUGCCACGCACAGGCCAUGCUAAAGAUCAUCAACUACAAAGACGACGAGAAGUCUUUCAGCCGCAGGAUCAGUCACCUGUUCUUCCACAAAGAGAAUGACUGGGGCUUCUCCAACUUCAUGUCCUGGAGCGAUGUGACUGACCCAGAGAGGGGCUUCAUCGAUGAUGACAAAGUCACAUUUGAAGUCUACGUCCAGGCAGAUGCCCCACACGGAGUGGCGUGGGACUCAAAGAAACACACAGGCUAUGUUGGUCUAAAGAACCAGGGAGCUACCUGCUACAUGAACAGCCUGCUACAGACGCUCUUCUUCACCAACCAGCUACGACGGGCGGUGUACAUGAUGCCCACAGAGGGAGAUGACUCGUCCAAGAGCGUCCCCCUGGCGCUGCAGAGGGUUUUCUACGAGCUGCAACACAGCGACAAACCCGUCGGCACCAAGAAACUCACCAAGUCUUUUGGAUGGGAAACACUAGAUAGCUUCAUGCAACAUGAUGUUCAGGAGCUGUGCAGAGUGCUCCUGGACAAUGUGGAGAACAAAAUGAAAGGCACUUGUGUUGAGGGAACCAUCCCUAAGCUCUUCAGAGGAAAGAUGGUGUCAUAUAUCCAGUGUAAGCACGUGGACUACCGGUCAGAGCGGAUAGAGGACUACUAUGACAUCCAGCUUAGCAUAAAAGGAAAGAAGAACAUCUUCGAGUCAUUCAAAGAUUAUGUCGCAACCGAACAGUUAGAUGGAGACAACAAAUACGACGCAGGAGAACACGGCCUGCAGGAAGCAGAGAAGGGGGUGAAGUUCCUUACCUUCCCUCCAAUCCUCCAUCUGCAGCUGAUGAGGUUCAUGUACGACCCGCAGACCGACCAAAACAUCAAGAUAAAUGACAGGUUUGAGUUUCCGGAUCAGUUACCCCUGGACGAGUUCCUCCAGAAGCCGGACUCCAAAGACCCGGCCAACUACAUCCUGCAUGCUGUGCUCGUGCACAGCGGAGACAACCACGGCGGUCACUAUGUCGUCUAUCUUAACCCAAAAGGAGACGGCAAAGUGAGUGUCAAGGAACCAAUAUGGUGUAAGUUUGAUGACGACGUGGUGUCGCGGUGCACCAAGGAAGAGGCCAUAGAGCACAACUAUGGUGGACACGACGACGACCUGUCAGUGCGCCACUGCACCAAUGCAUACAUGUUGGUCUACAUCCGUGAGUCCAAGCUCAGUGAGGUGCUCCAGCCGAUGACUGACGUGGACAUCCCCCAGCAGCUGGUGGAGCGUCUGCAGGAGGAGAAAAGGGUGGAGGCACAGAAGAGGAAGGAGCGCCAAGAGGCUCACCUCUACAUGCAGGUCCAGAUCGUAACGGAGGACCAGUUCUGUGGUCAUCAGGGCAACGACAUGUAUGACGAGGAGAAGGUGAAGUACACUGUCUUCAAGGUCCUGAAGAGCUCCACGCUGCAAGAGUUUGUCCAGACCCUCUCCCAGACCAUGGGUUUCCCACAGGACCAGAUGAGGCUGUGGCCCAUGCAGGCCCGCAGCAAUGGAACCAAGCGACCCGCCAUGCUCGACUACGAGGCUGACUGCAACAAGUCGAUGAUAGACUUGAGCGACAACGAGAACCCCUGGACAAUAUUUCUGGAGACGGUGGAUCCAGAGAUGGCGGCCAGUGGGGCCACGUUACCCAAGUUCGACAAAGACCACGAUGUCAUGUUGUUCUUGAAGAUGUAUGACCCCAAAACCAGAAGCUUAAAUUAUUGUGGACAUAUCUACACACCUAUAUCCUGCAAAAUAAGAGACCUUCUACCAGUCAUGUGUGAGAGAGCAGGGUUUCAGCAGGAAACUAGCCUUAUCCUCUAUGAGGAAGUAAAGCCCAAUCUAACAGAGCGGAUUCAGGACUAUGAUGUCUCUCUGGACAAGGCCCUGGAUGAGCUCAUGGACGGGGACAUCAUUGUCUUCCAGAAGGACGACCCAGAGAAUGACAGCAGCGAGUUGCCUACGGCCAAGGACUAUUUCCGGGACCUCUACCACCGGGUGGACGUCAUUUUCUGUGACAAGACCAUCCACAACGACCCCGGCUUCGUUGUCACACUCUCUAACCGCAUGAACUAUUUUCAGGUGGCCAAGACGGUAGCGCAGAGGUUGAACACAGAUCCCAUGCUGCUGCAGUUCUUCAAGUCACAGGGGUACAGGGACGGUCCAGGGAAUCCUCUCAGACACAACUAUGAGGGAACGCUGCGGGACCUGCUGCAAUUCUUCAAGCCUCGGCAGCCCAAGAAACUCUACUAUCAGCAGUUAAAGAUGAAGAUAACGGACUUCGAGAACAGGAGGAGUUUUAAAUCCAUAUGGCUCAACAGCCAGUUCAGAGAGGAGGAGAUCACCCUCUAUCCUGACAAACACGGCUGUGUGCGGGACCUUUUGGAAGAAUGUAAAAAGGCAGUGGAGCUCUCUGAAAAAGGCUCGGAGAAGCUCAGGCUGUUAGAGAUAGUAAGCUAUAAAAUCAUCGGGGUUCACCAGGAGGACGAGCUGCUAGAAUGUUUAUCUCCGGCUGCCAGCCGCACCUUCAGAAUAGAGGAGAUUCCUUUGGACCAGGUGGAUUUGGACAAGGACAGUGAAAUGCUCAUCCCUGUUGCGCACUUCCACAAGGAAGUCUUCGGCACCUUCGGGAUCCCCUUCUUGCUCAAGAUCAGACAGUGCGAGUCAUUUCGGGAGGUGAUGAGGAGGAUCCAGACCAUGCUGGACAUUCAGGAGAAAGAAUUUGAGAAGUUCAAGUUUGCGAUUGUGAUGAUGGGGCGGCAUCAGUACAUCACUGAAGACGAAUAUGAGGUCAACCUGAAGGACUUUGAACCACAGCCAGGUAACAUGUCCCACCCGCGGCCCUGGCUAGGGUUGGAUCAUUUCAACAAAGCUCCAAAGAGAGGUCGCUACACCUACCUGGAGAAAGCAAUCAAGAUCCACAACUAAACGCAGCCCGCCCUUCCUCUUUGUCCUCCUCAUCCUCCUCCUGCUCCGCCUUCCUCCCUACCUACUUUAACACACCAUAACCACAGACUGUAACCAACCGUGUGUGUGUGCGUGUGUUUGUGUGUGUGUGUGAGACUGUGUGGGUGUGCGUGCGUAUGUGUGUGUUCAUCACUUCUAACACCCUGCCUGGACACCUCUACAGCUCUACACCGGCACUACGUCUACAGCGAUUCGGAUCUUGCUGCAACUGACGGAUUAUCCUUCAACCACAAAAUAAACUGCACCAACCACCUCCUGAUUGUUGAUUUUGUUGUUUAUUUUCUUUUUUCUUUUUUUAAAGUCGUCCCCCUCUACGUUUGAGGCUGUUCGUUUGGUUUCCUGGCUUCUCUACCUACUUUUUUCCCUGUCUGGAAGUGGGACAAAUUAAAUUGGAUUAUAUAUAUAUUUAUAUAAAAUCUAAUUUAAUUUACACAGUAAAUAUAUAGAUUGACUUCUAGACUUACUUUUUGUUUCCCUUCCCAACCUCACACACCAGGUUUUUUUCCCUUCAGAUUUUUGGGGGUUGUUUUUAAAUAAAGAGUUGUUUGAAGAGGCGUCAUGCUGCUGUGUCGAGAGUUUGAUGGAAGGAUGUUGGCGAGGACUAACUGGCGUUAAAAAAAAAAAAAAAAGAGGGGAGAGGACCCGUGGUCAUUUUUGCAGCUUCAAACUGGCAUCCAUCCUGAGGCUCACUAGUUGCCCUGAUGUGGUUCUUUAUAUAUUUCUGCUCCGAUCCUUUAGUGCAACAAAACAAGUAUUUCCAAGUUUACACGCAAUUCUUUCUCACUUAGUUUGGUUGGAGGAAAAAUGAAUACAUUUUUUUUGUCUCUUUCUGCAGCUCUUGUAUAAUAAAAUAAAAUCCACAGCAUCUGUUUAAAAAUAAAUGGGGAAAGAAUAAGGAGGAAAUUGUCUGUAUUUCAUCUUGCACGUUGGCACUUAAUGUCAGAGGUUUCUCAGGACUGGCAAAUGUACAUUUUGGUUGUGGUUUUGAGUUGCUCAGUGACUUUUAAAGAACACGCACACAUGCACGGACAUUACCCCCUUGACAUUUCUCUUCCUUUUUUUGUUUGUUUUCAGGGGGCUUUAAUGUCGUUCUCAAUCAUUCCUCCUCUAAACGCAAACGUACACACACACACAAACACAAACACACAAGCUUAUUCUCUUGAUUGAAAUUGUCGCCUCCAGGUGGUUGGGAGCAGUAACUGCGCUGUGCUUGCUAGGGAGCUGCAGACACUUCGAGCCCACAGGUUUGAGGAAUUGUGUAGAGACAAAACCAGCAUUGUAUGAAACACUUUAAGCCCUAUGAAUUUAUUUUUCUUUUGUUUCUUUUAAAGCACAGAUGGAAUGCUCCCCUAAUAGCGCAUAGCUGGCUCUGUAAAGACAACAUUUAAGAAUUGUAUAUUUAAAAAUAUGAACGUGUAAAAUUUAAGAGAAACACGCCUUUGUUGUUGGGUACAAAAGGAGCCAGGUGUUCAUAUUUCUUGUGUGUAGGGUUUUCUUUUUCUUUUUUUUUUGCGUUCCUGAUGUACCAUUGAUGAUUUCUGAUUUCUGUUACAUUUGGAUUUAUUUUUUCUUUUCAAUACUAACUGCAUUGGUUUUGUCUUGUUAAAAAGUGCAGUACAAAGAUGACCUGCAGAAUCACACCUUAAUUUGAUCUUUUCCAGUUUAAAAUCCUCAGUGUAGCAGCAGUGUACGACAACUAUUCCUGUAUAUUGCCUUUUUGCUGGAAAAUGUAUGUUGAAUAAAAUUUUCUAUAAAAACAAAAA